UACCAUGGAAACUCAUCUGAGGGGCAUGCGUGGCAGUACCACAAACCCACACAACCAGAUUUAACAUUAAUAAGAUGGUAUUUAUGUAGUCCACUUCACUGUAUUGUAAGCCAUAACAUAUUGGUUUUAUGUGUCAACAAGGCUUGAGGUCGACUAGCAAGUAUCAGAAUAACUCGAUGCUCGAUUUUCUAUAGGCAAUAAGCUUUGAUUUUAUAGUCUUGCAGACACUGUAUGUCAUGAAGGCGUAUUUUCUCUCGAUUUACCUCAGGUAUUCACGGUAAAAGCGCGAACUUGAGGGGCCGUCUUUACGCGCGGUGCGCCGCCCCACCGGAGACGCGCGUGCGGACACGGGCUCAUUCGCUCUCGUCCGGAUACCGGAGUUAGCGCGGCACGCGCGUGGACUGUGGAUUUUGAUUUAUUAUCGAGAAAUAUACAGAAACGAAACACCUGGCCGUUUCAUUUUUUUAUACCAUCUGUCGUUUCUUUCGCUACACGGUUUGCCAGGUCACACAGGAAUGCAGUGCCCCGUGUUUCAUACACGUUCGUGAAUGGAAAGCAUCUGCAUAACAGACAUACAUCUUGUCAAACGUCUCUCAAACCCUCUGCAUUUUUGUGAUUGAUCAGCUGGACACCGGACAGCGUCCUCCUGCAGCUUUUUUUAAGGGAAGAUGGAGACCUUCUUCGCAGAGGGUGCUCGAGUGUGGGUGAAUCAUAAAGAUCAGCUGCUUCCGUGUACAGUGAACUCAUGUGGAGAAGGGACACUGGUACUCACCACUGACUACGGCGAGGUGGUGUACCUGCAGCAUGCGGAGGUCAACAGGGAGAAGGUGUUCACCAUGCACCAGAGCAGCAUUGAUGGAGUGGAGGACAUGUCCACACUGGCGGAUCUCCAUGAAGCCGCUAUCAUGCACAACCUCCAUCAGCGAUACCGGAAAGACAACAUCUAUACUAACAUAGGUUCAAUACUAGCAGCUGUAAACCCAUAUAAGCAGAUCAAAGGCCUGUACGAGAUCUCUGCAGUGGAGCUGUACAGUCAGCAUCAUCUGGGCGAGCUGCCGCCUCAUAUCUUUGCUGUGGCCAAUGAGUGCUAUCGCUGCUUAUGGAAGAGACAUGACAGCCAGUGUGUACUGAUCAGUGGUGAAAGUGGAGCUGGGAAAACAGAAAGCACCAAACUAUUGAUACAGUUCCUGUCCGUCAUGAGCCAGAACACAGCCGGGACGCCGCCGACAGAGAAGAGCACACGUGUGGAGCAAGCCAUCGUACAGAGCAGCCCCAUCAUGGAAGCCUUUGGAAACGCCAAAACUGUCUACAACAACAACUCCAGUCGCUUUGGGAAAUUUAUUCAGCUUCAUUUUUCUCAAAGCGGGAACAUUCAGGGUGGAUGCAUCGUCCACUAUUUGCUUGAGAAGAAUCGAGUGGUCAGGCAGAACCCGGGGGAGAGAAACUAUCACAUCUUUUACGCUUUGCUGGCCGGAACAAACAAAAGCCAAAAGGAAACAUAUUUACUGGAAGACUCCCCUGAGAUGUUUCACUACCUGAGUCAGUCUGGAUGUGUAAAGGACCGUAGUCUUGAUGACAAGAAACUUUUUGAUGAAGUCAUGGAGGCUUUGAAAGUCAUGGAGUUUACAGAAGAGGAAAUCAGAGAUAUGUUCAAACUGUUGUCUGGAGUUCUGCAGCUGGGCAAUGUGGAGUUCAUGACAGCAGGUGGUGCUCAGAUCACCACCAAGCAAGUUCUCAGUAAUGUGAGUGAUCUUCUGGGCCUGGACUGUUUCCAGUUAUCUGAGGUUCUGACACAGCGUUCAAUGAUCCUCAGAGGAGAGGAGAUUUGCUCCCCAUUAACAGUGGAACAGGCGACAGAUUCCAGGGAUUCGGUUGCCAUGGCACUGUACUCACAAUGCUUCUCAUGGAUCAUCAUGCGAAUUAACCAGAAGAUAAAGGGCAAAGACAAUUUUAAAUCCAUCGGGAUUCUCGACAUCUUCGGCUUUGAAAACUUUGAGGUAAACCGGUUUGAGCAGUUCAACAUUAAUUACGCCAAUGAGAAACUACAAGAAUAUUUCAACAAACAUAUCUUCUCUCUGGAGCAACUGGAGUACAACAGGGAAGGGAUUCACUGGGAAGCCAUUGACUGGAUGGACAAUGCAGAAUGUCUGGAUCUGAUAGAGAAGAAACUGGGCAUGUUAGCUUUGAUUAAUGAAGAGAGUCGAUUCCCCAAAGGCACUGACUUUACGCUGCUGGAGAAACUACACAGCAGACACUCUACAAAUCCCUACUAUGUGAAGCCCAGACUGGCAGACCAUCAGUUUGGUAUUAAGCACUAUGCUGGAGAGGUCUUGUAUGACGUGAGAGGGAUUUUAGAGAAGAACAGAGACACAUUUCGAGAUGAUAUCCUGAACAUGCUGAAGGAUAGUCGACUGGAUUUCAUCUAUGAUUUGUUUGAGCAAGUGAGUAGCAGAAACAGUGAGGAGACUCUUAAGAUGGGCACGGCCAGAAAAAAGCAAACCGUCAGCUCUCAGUUCAGAGACUCUCUUCAUUCCCUAAUGGCCACCCUCAGCGUGUCCAACCCAUUUUUUGUGCGUUGCAUCAAACCCAACAUGGAUAAGAACCCAAGCAAGUUUGACCCAGAUGUGGUUCUGAAUCAGUUGCGCUAUUCUGGUAUGUUGGAGACGGUGAAGAUCCGCAGAGCUGGAUUUCCCGUCCGACGCACAUUUAAAGAUUUCUUUAGCAGGUACAAGAUCAUUCUUAAAGAGAAAGAAAAGGCAGCCGUGGCCUCCAGUGGAGAUGAGAAGAAGAAUAGCACAGAUCUGCUGACGCGCUAUGACUGGACCAAGAAGGGAUGGCAGCUUGGGAAAACCAAAGUGUUCUUAAAGGAACCACUAGAACAGAAGCUGGAAAAGGAAAGAGAUGAAGUGCGGAGUAAAGCUGGACUCAUCAUACGAGCCUAUCUUCUGAGAUACACUGCAAGAAAGAACUUUAAGAAGGCUCGGGCCAGCAUUAUGACAAUUCAGAAGAACUAUCGCGCUCAUUUUUAUCGGCGGCGGUUUCUACGAAAACGUUCAGCCGCCGUGGUCCUUCAGAAACACAGACGAGGGCAGGUGGCCCGAGGAGUCUGUCGCAAACUACGAGAGGAGAAGAAGAAGAGAGAGGAUGAGGAGAAGAAAAAGAAGGAGGAAGAGGAGAAGAAAACCAAUGCGAAGGAGGGAGAGAAAGAAACAGCACAGUCUCCACAAUCUACAGAGGAGGAAACCCGGCAGAUGGAGGAGAUCCUGCGUUUGGAGAGAGAGAUCGAACGUCUACAGAAGCAACGAGAAGACGGCGUGUCAAUGCUGUGUGAGACAUCAAGACAGGAACUUUGUUUACGUCGUGAUGCUGAGGCCUUGCGUCAAAAAAAGCAGGCAUCGCGUGCGGCCACGGAAUUCCUCGAACUGCUAGACACCGGAGGUCCAGAGGUCAUCCCUGGUGAACCUAAACAAUCCACCUCCAGACCGACAACCACCACUGAGGAAGAGGUAGAUGAAGGCUUCCAUGCCGAGGAAGAGUGCAUUCCACUGCAGGAGUUCCCUCCUCCAAUAGAAGGUCCUGUAGAUCAGGAGAUCUUAGCUACUCUGCCGCCUCCGCCUCCUGACUUUGCCGAGGGCAUGGUAGCACCGUCCGCUCCCAACCUUCCACCUGGGGCUCCUCCCCCACCUCCUCCACCACCUCCGCCUCCUCCUCCACCACCUCCUCCCCCACUCCCUGGUGAAACCAAACAGGAAGCUCCAAAGCCUGCUGAGUCAAAAACAGUUGAUGAGGCAAAAAAGGAGGCAGAGGACGUGGAUCGCACCAGCAAGUUGACCGCAGCCGAAUCUCUACCGGACACAGAGGAACCCAUCUAUAGCCAGGUUGAGACAGGUGAUGGCGAGUCGGACUAUGACCAGGAUGAGCUGGAGGACGGACAGAGCAGCACUGCGGCGACGGACGCAGAACACGCACGCAAAUCUACCUGCACCAACGCAAGCCAGGAGUCCUACAACCGUAGUUCAGAUUCAUAUGCCGACAGUGAUGAAGAUCAUGACGGGGGUGCGGACACAGACGAGGAGGUGUCCAAUGGUAGAGUCAACAUCUUGAAUGGGAACGGACCUCCAUAUUUCCACAGUUACCUUUACAUGAAAGCCGGUCUGAUGAUCCCGUGGCGCAGGCGUUGGUGCGUUCUGAAGGACGAAACCUUCAUGUGGUUUCGUUCCAAGCAGGAGUCUCUAAAGUCGGGCUGGCUGUAUAAGAAGGGUGGAGGUUUGUCCACGCUCUCCCGCAGGAACUGGAAAAUGCGUUGGUUCGUCCUGCGUGACACCAAACUCAUGUAUUACGAUAAUGACAGCGAAGAGAAGCUGAAAGGGACCAUCGACAUCCGCUUUGCCAAAGAGAUCGUGGAUAAUCAUGAGAAGGAAAAUGCUCUGAACAUCGUGACAGAUGAAAGAACGUACCAGGUGUUUGCCGAGUCGCCAGAGGAUGCCAGCGGCUGGUUUAACGUGUUGAGUCGGGUCGCCACCGCCUCACCAGAGCAGCUGCUGGAGAUGUCUCACGAACAGGCCAACCCGAAGAACGCUGUGGGCACAUUGGAUGUUGGACUGAUAGACUCGGUGUGUGCUUCAGAUAAUCCCGACAGACCUAAUUCAUUUGUGAUCAUCACGGCCAAUCGUGUGAUUCACUGUAACUCAGACCUGCCGGAGGAGAUGCAUCACUGGAUCAGUCUGUUGCAGAAACCCAAAGGAGAAUCCAAGAGUGAUGGACAGGAGUUCCUGGUCAGAGGUUGGCUGCACAAAGAGAUGAAGUCUGGGGCCAAGAGUUCUGCUCUUAAACUGAAGAAACGCUGGUUCGUCUUAACCAACAACUCUCUGGACUACUUCAAGUCAUCUGAACGCAACGCAUGCAAAAUGGGCACUCUGGUUCUGAACAGCUUGUGCUCUGUGGUCCAGCCCGAGGAGAAAAAGUUUAAAGAGACAGGUUACUGGAACAUCAUAGUUCAUGGUCGUAAACAUUCUUAUCGUCUGUACACCAAGAUGCUCAAUGAUGCAAUGCGCUGGGUAUCUGCCAUCCAGGGUGUCAUUGACAAUAAAGCACCCAUUGAAACACCCACCCAACAGCUCAUAAGAGACAUCAAGGAGAACAGCGUGAACUCUGAGGCUGUGGAACAAAUGUACCGCCGAAACCCCAUCCUCAGAUAUACCCAGCAUCCCUUGCAUUCACCUCUCCUGCCUUUGCCCUACGGAGAGGUCAGCGAACCUUUGCAAAAGGAGAAGGGAUACGGAAGCCUGCAGGAUGAGGCAGUGAAGAUCUUCAACUCGCUUCAGGAGAUGGAGAUAGUCUCAGACCCCGUCGCCAUCAUCCAGGGCAUCCUGCAGACCUGCCACGACCUGCGGCUACUGAGAGACGAGGUGUACUGUCAGCUGAUCAAACAGACCAAUCACGUACCCCAACCCAACAGUCCGGGGAACCGCGCCCACUGGCACCUUCUCACCUGCAUGAGCUGCACCUUCCUGCCUAGCCGUGCCAUCCUGCGAUACCUCAGAUUCCACCUAAAAAGGGUAAGGGAGCGCUACGCUGGCACAGAGAUAGAGAAGUAUGCACACUUCAUUGGUGAGUCACUGAAGAAGACGAAGACCAGGGAGUAUGUGCCCUCUCAGGAAGAAAUCGCCGCCCUGCUGAUCAGGCAGGAAAUGACAACUACUGUAUAUUGCCAUGGAGGGGGAUCGUGCAAGAUAUCCAUCAACUCGCACACAACAGCUGGAGAGGUGGUGGAGAAACUGAUUCGUGGUCUGGCAAUGGAAAACAGCAGAAACAUGUUCUCACUAUUUGAGCACAACAAGGUGGCGAGUCGGGCCAUGGAGAGCAGAGUCAUUGUGGCAGAUGUUCUUGCCAAGUUUGAGAGGUUGGCAGGUGGUGAGGAAGAGGAAGAGGAUGGUCCCUGGAGGCUGUAUUUCAAGCUCUAUUGUUUCCUGGAUGUUGAAAGCAUGCCUAAAGAGGGAGUAGAAUUUGCCUUCAUGUUUGAGCAGGCCCACGAGAGUCUCAUCAGUGGUCAUUUUCCCGCCUCUGAGGAGACCCUCCAGCACUUGGCAGCCCUGCGCUUACAGUACAUCCACGGCGAUGUGGCCCGUACACCCUGGAGCCUAAGUAGCGUGUACCCGGUCGGGCGUCUCCGAGCGCGGAUCUUUCAGUCCACUAAAGCAGGAGUCGCUGGCGCACAGGCUGGUAUCUUAGGCCCAGGAAGUCAUACUUUAGAAAGACGUAAGCCCAACUUCCUGGAUGGAACCCUGAGACGCAGCUUAAAGACCGGGUCGACGAAGAAACAGCGUGUGGAGGAGGAACAGAUGCUGGAGAUGUUUGUGAAGGAAGAGAUGUCGGCCACUCUCACAAGCGUGUUGGAGAAAUGGAGUCGUCUGCAGGGGAUGCCUCAACACCAGGCCAUGCUCAGUUACAUGACCAUCAUCAAAGAGUGGCCGGGAUAUGGAUCAACACUGUUUGAUGUGGAGUGUAAGGAGGGGGGCUUUCCUCAUGACCUGUGGUUGGGUGUAAGUGCUGAAAACGUCUCGGUGUACAAACGUGGCGAUCCCAAACCACUUGAGACUUUCCAGUACGAGCACAUCGUUUUCUUCGGAGCACCUCAGCCCAGCACAUACAAAAUCAUCGUUGAUGAAAGAGAGAUGUUCUUCGAAACGCCUCAGGUGGGUGAAAUCACAAAGAUCAUGAAGGCGUACAUCAACAUGAUAGUUAAAAAGCGCUGCAGUAUCAUGUCUGUCACCAGCAACAGCAGUGCCUGGAUGAGGUGAUCAACACCAACCAGAGAUCUUAAAGCAGCCAGGAGGAUGAUAGUGUCUUUACGGUGGAAUAAAGGGCUGAUCGUGGAUUCAGAAGAGUGAGACAGCAGAGAUUUCAACUCUAUGAGGAUUAUAACUUAAACUCCCUUUGCCAUACCUGUCUCUAAUACAACAGCACACUCCAGCUAUUUAGUAUUUAUUUGGACCGAUUUUACUUUUACAAGCACAAUGACGCCUCACUGUUCUCACCCACCCCACUGCCAGCACUAACUAAUAACCAAACCUGGUUAGUUUCACGACAUUUUCACUAUCCUCAAUUCUCAGUCCAUGAUGGUGCAAUUUCCGACUUAACGGUUAACAACCUUUAACUUCAUUAACCAGUAGUUUUCCUGAGGUGUGGAUGUCAUGUUUGUGUAUAAGAACAGAGUAUGUAUUACAGAGUUCCUGGUUCACCUAUGGAGCCAUUUUGCAAGCGCACCAGCGUAAGGUUAAGCGUACCACAUCCAGGUAUGGAGCGAUCACACUAGUCAAACGAACCAGAUUUGGGGGUAUGGUUCGGUACGCACAGUGUUAGUAAAGCCAUGACUGUGGAUGGCCGUUUGGAGCUUCUGGAGUACAGGCAGUUAGCCAAUCAGAUCACAGUAUAUUUGGAGUGCCUGCUCUGUGGCCAGCAUUUUGUGGAAAUCAGCCAACAGAGCCCUUAAAGCACUGACCGUGUGCACACAUUUGAGACUAUUCACGCAUUAUCAAUGUAACAACAAACGUCUUGUUUUGUAUUAAAUGGCAGAGUCUAUACAUAAAUAUGCUAACUUGUUACAUUUGAUAGUGAGUCGAUGUAUUUACAUGCACCAUUUUUCUUCUUUUUUACUGUAAUUUUGCCAGUCAUGCAAGGCUUGUGUAACUUCUACUGUACCAGUGCACAAAAGCAUACCCAGUCCCAGUGAGUGCUACAUUGGCCUAAAAGCUUGACUUAAUGUUAAAGAGAAACUGUCUUGGGUGUUGUAUUUCGGAAAUGUUAACGGAGAUUGGAUUAUGGUUGAGUAUCAUAUAAAGCAGUGCCAAGCCUGUAUGUCCAUGCGAGAAAUGCAAAGGCUACAAACUAUUAUUUGCUACUUUGUGGCAUGUGGUCUUGGGGAGCGAUAUUUAAAAAAU